GUUUGCAUUGCUGCCUUGCAUCCUGGGUGUAUCGACGGCCUUUGCCUUUGGAGGCCAUGGCAGCAACCCUUUUCAGGUGCUCGGCCUUCGAAGCGACGCAGAGGACGACGACGUACGACCGGCCUUCCGCCAGUUGGCCAAGAUCUACCACCCAGACGUGCCGGAGACGGGCGACGAGCAUCGCUUCCGUCGCAUCUCUUGGGCAGCCGAGGAGCUCUCGACUGCAGAGGGCCGGCGUCAGUGGCGGGCUGUGGUUUCAGGCAUCAAGCCUCCGAGGGACCAGGAGGCCGCCGACUUUCCAACUCAAGCAGAAGCUCCCUUUGGUGAAUAUGAGUCACUGGAGGACGAUGCCCCUUGGAUCAAAGAGCCGCUUCUUUCUGUGAGUAGUCCCUUCCUGUGUGCGUGA